CAAAGGCGGAACACUUUAUCGAGUUCUUUUCAGUUGAAUAUCCGAAAUGAAGGCUGAAGUAUAAAUGCUGUUGCAACACAUCAAACCUCGAUCUUAAAAAUCAUCAUCUGAAUUUGAAUUCAAAUCUCACACACCUUUUUCAAUCAAGGCUGAGCUUUUUAUUCAGUUCAACUCACUUUCAUUCACUCAUAAGAUCAAGUCCUGGCGUCUUGAUUCCGAACAAGUUUUCCUUUUUCAAACAAACAAAAAAAAAACGUAGGCUGGUCCUACAUUGAAGGAGCGAUUGAUGAACAAUACGUAAAAACAAUCACUUUACUCGGUCCGAUUUAUAGAAGCAUUCAAGAUGUUUCGCUCAUUUUCCAUUCUUCUCGUCCUUCUUUCGAUACUCUCCUUUUCCACAACUUCAGCACACAAGAUUCUCCUAAGAAGACAUUCUUUCCUCUCAACUACACGUCCCGGUCAUGAAAACUUGGUGAAAAGAGCAUCAGCAGAAGAACCUAGAAUGAUAAGGAGAACGAUCGAAAAUGAUCUUUUAUUCUCCUCUUCUUCAAUUUUAGCUCCCUUAGAGGUCGGAACUCCUCCGCAAAACCUUUUCGUACUUUUGGACACCGCUUCUGCCGAUCUUGCAGUAUUUGGAGCAGAUUAUGCAGAUCAAUACUCGGAUGGAUCAGCGAGUACGACAAACGACGAAAGCAAGAUAGGACCUUCAUUUGAUUCUGGCGCUUCUACAUCCUACCAAUCCAAAGGUACCAAAUUUAAAAAUAAUUAUGGAUCAGGAAGUUCGGCAACUUCUUUUACCGCUCUUUAUUCUACCGAUACGAUCUCCUUUCGGGAUAUGACUUUGGUCAAUCAGCCUGUGGGAGUGAUUCAUAGCGGAAAUGUCACUUAUGGACCGGCUGCUUCGGGAAUCAUGGGAUUGGCAUUCGAAGCUGCCAGUUUAGGCUUACGUGCAACGCCUCCCGUACAACAAUUACUCUUCUCCAAAGCCCUUAAGGCGCCUGUGUUCUCGUUUGCUCUUAUGAGACCAAGUGUUGCCGCUGAACAAACUUCAACUUCUGGAAUCACUCAACCCGGAGGCAUUUUCACCUUGGGUCAAAUCGAUAGCGAUCAAUAUCAAGGACCGAUCGGUUGGUCAUCAGUUGUAAGCACGACGCAAGGAUCAGACAUUCCGCACAAAUGGUUGGCAAUGUUGGACUCUGUGUCUGUCAAUGGAAAUGUUGUGCCUGAUUCACAGGGUAUCGUGGCCAAUUUUGAUACCGGGAGCAGUGUUUCCAGAGGAUCUGUUCAAUUGAUCGAUGCAAUCCUUGCACAAAUACAAAACGUGUACAAGGACGACUCAGGCAAUUAUUACGUUCCAUGCGGAGAGAACAUGCCGCCAGCAUUUAAUAUGACUAUUUCGAUGGGAGGUGUUUCGAUCCCGAUUGAACCGAUGGACAUGCUAUUCAAGACAGCACAAUUCAACAUAAACGGAGGUACAUACUGUUUCUCUACUUUGACACCAACAAGUUCGGACGAGUAUGAUAUCCAAAUUGGAGAUGAUGUAAUGCGAUCAUUAUACGUUGCCUUUUCCUUCAAUCCGCCAAAGAUUGGAAUUGCUGCCCAGUCUACCAACGUUCACAAUCAAGGUGCCGUACCCUCAUACGAUUUCACAAAAACACGGACAUUAGACAUGUCUUCACUUUCACAACCACAAGCAACGGGUUUCAGUAAAGUACAGUGUACACCUGUCCCUGCGACAGCAACUGAUCAUGUAAGCAUGGUAGGAUCAACUUCGAUUGCCGUCGGAGGAACGUAUAUGCCUACGUCUAAUGUAGGACUAUCGAUGGAAACUGUUCGACCAAGUAUGAUUCCGACACAAAUUGGACCUGUUGUUUCAGCAGCAGCAACCAAUGCGGCAACAGAUGGAAUAGAACGAAAUCCAUCAACAGUAAAGGGUAUUCAAGCGAUCGAUAAUUCCCCAAAAUCAACAUCAUUUGCAUCUUCUGCUUCUGCAAGGAUGUCUACCUCUGCUGCAUCAUCAUGGACUUUCACGCCAAUCAUCAUUUGUAUGGUAGUGUUGCCGGCUUUGUUCAUUCUUUAGAAAGUCACUUUAGCAUCAUCAAUCUUUUUAAGCAUCAGCGCAUUCUCAUUUCGGACUUCACCUUUAAAUCAUCAUUAGCAUUCUUUGUACUUUUAUCCAUUUGAACUCUUUCGUCUUCAUUCAAUCAAUCCUACUGGAUAAACAGCA